UUUUUUAAAAAAUCAGUUAAUAACCCAAUUAACAAUAACACCCAAUCAUGCAAGAUAGGUGUUAAUUUAUUUUUCUAAUUUUAUAUUUUUGCCGUGUUGUGUUUCUCGUCUUUGCUCUCUUGGCUUCUUUAUAAAUCAAAGUAAAACACCCAGAAUUGGGAGGAGUCAUAAAGACGGUCUUUUCUUAGUUUUCUUGUUGUUGGUUGUCACGCAUUUCUUCAUUUCAAAGCUCAUAUAUAUUUGAUCUAUCUGGGUUUGGUCAAAUUUUGAUUUUUCUUUUCUGUGUUUGGCUUCAAUUAUUGCUUUGGUGCUUAUAUUUGAUUCAAGUCAAGGAAAUACAAAUUGGGUUUUUAAGGUUUUGUUGAUUGGAAAUAUGUCGUUUCUUUUGCUGGCUUUUGAUAUCAAAGACUCAACCUUUUAGUUGUAGAUUAUAUGAGUUUCUGUUGAUUGCAAAAAUCCCUUUAUAUUAAAUUCAUUCAUUGGUUAUUUUGGUGUUCUUUUUGGAAAAGAUCUACCUUUUGUUGUAGAAGAUUUGAAAAAUCUUCUCUUUUUCGACCUCAAAAGGGUGCAAAGUUUAGAUUUGGUUACAGGUCUUCUCGGAGGGUGCUCAAGGAGGGUUUUAGCCUGUGAGGUGGUUUAGAUUGUGUAUACAGUUGUGUCUUUGAGAGUUUUUGGUGUUUUAAGAGAUGACAAUUGGGGAUAUAAAACCAAAGAAAGAGAAGAAGUCAAGGAGGAGCAAGCAUGUUUUUGAUGAGAAAGCUCCCUUGUUGCCUAAACAACGAGAUGAAGAUGCUGGUUAUGAUGAAUUUAACGGAGCGUCUUUUACUGGGGCAGUGUUUAACUUGUCAACAACAAUUGUCGGUGCUGGGAUCAUGGCCUUGCCUGCAACCAUGAAAGUUCUGGGACUAGUUCUUGGGAUUGCUAUGAUUAUCUUUAUGGCAUUCUUAACUGAUGCCUCAAUUGAGUUCUUGCUUAGGUUUAGUAGGGCUGGAAAAACAACAUCUUACGGAAGUCUUAUGGGGGAUGCAUUUGGAAAGUACGGAAGAAUCUUCUUGCAAAUCUGUGUUUUAGUCAACAACAUUGGUGUACUCAUUGUAUACAUGAUUAUUAUUGGUGAUGUGCUUUCUGGAACAUCUUCAAGUGGAGUUCACCAUGCUGGUAUCCUUGAAGGAUGGUUUGGAGAACACUGGUGGAAUGGGCGUACCUUUGUUCUUAUUGUCACAACACUGGGCAUAUUCUCUCCAUUGGCAUGUUUUAAACGCAUUGAUUCCUUAAGAUUUACAUCUGCCUUAUCAGUUGCUCUGGCAGUUGUGUUUCUUGUCAUCACUGUGGGAAUAGCAAUUGUCAAGUUGAUUAGUGGAACUAUAAUGAUGCCUAGAUUGCUACCUGAUGUCACUGAUAUGACCUCAUUCUGGAAACUCUUCACUGUAGUCCCUGUUUUAGUCACUGCAUAUAUCUGCCAUUACAAUGUUCACAGCAUAGAUAAUGAACUGGAAGACUCUACCCAGAUAAGACCAGUUGUGCGAACAGCACUUGCUUUAUGUUCAACUGUUUACAUAAUGAUAAGCUUUUUCGGAUUCCUUCUAUUUGGUGAUGCAACAUUGGAUGAUGUUCUUGCUAACUUUGAUAGUGAUCUGGGGAUUCCCUAUAGCUCCAUGCUUAAUGACGCUGUCCGUGUUAGCUAUGCUGCUCACCUCAUGCUUGUAUUUCCCAUUGUCUUCUUUCCACUGCGACUCAACAUGGAUGGCCUCCUCUUCCCUUCUGCAAGACCUUUAUCUCUGUCCAAUACGAGGUUUGCUUUUGUUACUGCUGGACUCAUGACGGUUAUCUUCUUAGGUGCAAAUUUCAUACCCAGCAUCUGGGAUGCUUUCCAAUUCACUGGAGCAACUGCUGCAGUUUGCCUUGGAUUCAUUUUUCCUGCUGCUAUUACUCUCAGGGAUCGCCACAUUAUAGCAACAAAGAAGGACAAGAUCUUAGCUCUUUUCAUGAUUGUCCUUGCUGUGUUCUCAAACCUGGUGGCCAUAUAUAGUGAUGCCUACGCACUGUUUAAGAAGAAUUCAGGAGCAGGACCCAGGGCAUGAUCUACCUGGCUGCUUCCUUGAUUGCAGGAAAGGAGACUUUGCUGCCAUGUCAUGGUUUCCUUGAUGAGACCUGAGUUAUAGAAUCAUUUGAGGUCUAAUUCGAAAAUCUGGGUUUUCGAAGUAGGUUUGAUAAGCUCUAUUAUAAGAUCGAACUUUUCUUCCAAUGAAUAAAGUUAGAUUAUUAGGGGAGUGUAUUAAGUUUUAUACAUCAUCCCCCUCUGUACAAUAUGGUAAUGCUUCAUGCUUGAGUUUGUAUCAUGUUGUGUAGACUUAAAAUCAAGUUGUAAAAUUGCAAAUAUUGUAUAUUCAGAUUUGCAAUAGACUAAAUGCUUGCCUUUAUUUGCAGUAAUGAUGUACUUCUAUUUAUAUUAUUUU